UCUCCGCACUCUCCUGCUGGGUGCCGUCGUAUUUCUCUUCUUCGCUGAUUUCCUCAAAAGGCGGCGCGCAAAGAACUACCCUCCUGGGCCCCCGCGCCUGCCCUUCGUGGGACACCUCUUUCAUCUGGACUUACAGAAGGGGCACCUGUCGGUUCAGCGGUUUGUGAAGAAAUACGGGGAACUUUUUCGCCUGGACUUCGGUGACUUGGUUUCAGUUGUUAUAACUGGAUUGCCCUUAAUCAAAGAAGCCCUUGUCCACCAGGGCCAAAACUUUGUGAACCGCCCCAUAACCCCUCUUCGAGAACAUGGCUUUAAGGAAAAUGGAUUGAUCAUGUCCAAUGGCCAAGUAUGGAAGGAACAAAGGAGGUUCGCCCUGAUGGCACUGAGGAACUUUGGUUUAGGAAAGAAGAGCUUAGAGGAACGCAUUCAGGAAGAGGCCCGCUACCUCACCCAGGCAAUAGGAGAGGAGGACGGACAGCCUUUCAAUCCUCACUUCAAAAUCAACAAUGCAGUUUCCAAUAUUAUUUGCUCCAUCACAUUUGGGGAGCGCUUUGACUACAAGGAUGAUCAGUUCCAGGAGCUGCUGAGGCUGUUGGAUGAGGCCACGUAUCUGGAGACGUCAAUGUGGUGCCAGCUUUACAAUGUUUUUUGGCUGAUAAUGAAUUUCCUCCCUGGACCCCACCAAAGGCUCUUUCGUAACUGGGAGAAACUGAAAAUGUUCAUUGUCAGAGUGAUUGAAAACCACAAGAGAGACUGGAAUCCUGCCGAAGCAAGAGACUUCAUUGAUGCUUACCUCCAGGAAAUAGAGAAGCAUAAGGGCAAUGCUACCUCAAGUUUCAAUGAAGAAAACCUUAUCUCCAGCACCCUGGACCUCUUCUUCGCUGGAACGGAGACAACUUCGACGACACUGCGCUGGGGUCUGCUCUACAUGGCCUUCUAUCCAGAAAUCCAAGAAAAAGUGCAGGCUGAGAUCGACAGGGUGCUUGGCCAAUGGCAGCAGCCAAGCACAGCAGCUCGGGAGUCCAUGCCCUACACCAACGCUGUCAUCCACGAGGUGCAGAGAAUGGGCAACAUCAUCCCCCUGAACGUGCCCAGGGAGGUGAUAGUGGACACCACGCUGGCUGGAUACCACCUGCCCAAGGGAACUACAGUCCUGACCAACCUGACCGCACUGCACAGGGACCCCACAGCGUGGGCCACCCCAGACACGUUCAAUCCGGAGCACUUUCUGGAGAAUGGACAGUUUAAGAAAAGGGACGACUUUCUGCCUUUCUCAGUAGGAAAGCGGGUGUGUCUUGGAGAGCAGUUGGCCAGGUCUGAGUUGUUCAUUUUCUUUACUUCCCUUGUGCAAAAAUUCACCUUCAGGCCUCCAGACAAUGAGAAGCUGAGCCUCAAGUUCAGAAUGGGCCUGACCAUCUCCCCAGUCCCCUACCGCAUCUGUGCUGUUCCCCGGAAGUGAGGUUGUCCGGGAGGCGGGGGGAGGGAAAGCCGGAAGAAUCCCCAAGUCCCCCCAAGGCCCUGGCGCCUGCUGAGAAGUGAGGGAGCAGAAUGACCUGCCUCUGAGAAUGGUCCUAGGACUUGGACUCUGAGGAAACUGGAUCAGUCCUCACCCCAGCUUUUCUAUGAUUCUAAAAGGACAGGCAUUUAAAUUCUCCCUGUGAAAUAAAUGGAAAAUCCCUGGACACACAUCCUAAUCUAUGGGAUACACUGGGACCCAGAGCCAAAGGCAGAGUGACCACUUUUAGCCAGAAACCUUGAGGACCCAUGAUGGGUAGUAACUGAAUUUUCUGGCCAUGUAAAAUGAUUCAUUUUCCCCUCUAAUCUCACUGGGGAGACUCUAAAAUACGAACUGUCUUCCUGUCCAAGUACGACACAGAUUUUGUUCUCUGCACUUUGUAGCUCUCUCAUUCCUCGUCUAUUUUGGAAGCUCCAGGGCCCCCUUCCCUCUUGCUUUUUAUCAGUGACACGUGAUGUGCAAGCACAUGACAUUUCAUAUGUAUUCAUGGAUAAGGCACAAAUUUUGUCAAAAAACCACCCAGGAUGUGAAUUUUUUAUAACCCCUGUCCUGCAGAGAGACACAGGCACACACUGCAGUGUAAGUUUAAAAUCAGACUGGAGGUUGGGGGACUUACAAGCAGAGGAGCAGGACACUCAGGAGUCCCUCAGUGUGUAUGGAUGUUUCCAGGUCGGGCAGGGCUGGAAUACGUGCACCGGGGAGAGGGGCCACCUCUCAGUGCCUUGUGGGUUUAUAGACAGGAGUUGGGGGCUGACUAGGUGACUAAGUGACAAUGACAGCUUCCUGGGUGAGUUUCCAUGUUAGACCAGGGCUUUGUUAGGACAAAGAACUCCAGAGGUCUGCCUGAGUGUCUGGCUGUCUUCCCUGGAGAUCAUUCAUGCCUACUUGUUGCUAAGCUACCAAGAGGGAAGGCGGGGUACUGGGAAUGAGUGUCCAGAGACAUUGGGGUUCUCUCUCCUCUACUGCUUUCUGUGACUUUGAGCAACAUAUUUAAACCACAAGCCUUGGUUUUCUUCCUCUCAAACAUGGAACGGGGCCACCUAUUACAUUUCCCCAUGCUUGUUCCCAUGGAACAGAGUGAUACCCUGGGAUGGGUAUUUUGUACCAUCCUGGUCACACUGUGUUUUGGUACAUUCACCAUGAGCUACGUGUGCUACUGUGAAAACCUGAGAAUGUUUCACUUUUGUUUUGAAACAGAUAAGAAAUCACACAGGAAUAAAGGUUCAAAUGCAAAGUGUCACUUUCAGGUUUGGGGACUAAAUCGUUGAUGAUGCCUGCUACAAUAGUCAGAGUCCAAAGAGAGGUUUCCCUUUGCCAAAUGCGUCAGGGUCCAGAGAUAGCACUGGGCUCUGAUGCACAUUAAACAACAUUAAAAGACUCAGGGUAUGUGAUCCUUUCCUCACUGGGUUCACAGAACAAUAUACUCUCCUCCCUACUGACCUCAGGAUCCUUAUAAAUCCUGUAGUGGGGCUGCCCCUUUGUCAACCCCCAGGACACCAUCACAGGUGGUCCAGGUGAG